AUGGUUGCGGAGGAACUUCAGAGAGAGCAACUUCGAAUUAUCGGAGGCUCAAAUGCUUGGAACUGGUCUGCCUUUUGUGGACAUGGGGAGGAUAUCCAGUCUUGGAAUGAAAAUGAUUUUGGCCACUGUUUUGAGCAAGUGGCCAUACUUGCACCAUCCCAUACUUUACUGGCUAUAGUUAGUGCAUACCAUUUUGGCCGGCGCAAAACAACGCUAGGAGGGAACAGACUGUUUGUCAGCUGGACAUGGUUUCUGAUUCUUCGGCAAGUAACGGUAGCACUUUUAUUAGUGUGUCCAGUGUUUCAAGUCAUUUUCUCAGUGGGAACGGAGCAUAGACCACCAAGCAUAGCUGAAGGUGUGGUGAUAGGAACCUCAUGUUUUUCAUGGCUGUUACAUUCCUUGUUUGUAUGGAAUUUACGAUACCUUCAUAGUGACAGUUUGAGAGGCCCUGCAAGUGUCUUGCUGUGUUUUCUGAUCGUAGUGGCAGCUUGUGUUAUCCAUGUUCAUACUGUUAUCAUGAGACAUAUGUCGUCAGGUGCUCCCAGGAGUAAAGCUGAAGAAUACACGACUUACAUCAGUGCCGGAUUGUGCUUGAUUUAUAUGAUUAGUGUUGUACCGAAUAGGCGGAGGAUUUAUCGUACCAGUUUGGCUUUUCAGGUCAAUGAAACAGAUGGAGAGACAGAACCGCUGACUUGGGAUAGAAUUAGGUCAUAUAAUACUGUCAGUGUCACCAAUGAGCAUCUAACCGUCGCUGCAGAACAAAACGUGGGCUGUCUUUCUUGGCUAACAUUCCACUGGGUACAGAAUUUGAUGUCUCGGGGAGCUGCUAUGAAAAUAUCCCGUGUUAAUGAUUUAUACUUAUUACCUGAGAGACUGAACACUCAUCGAGUGAGUGCAGAGUUCAAAGAAGUAUUACAGGAUUUAGAAAAGGAACAUAAUUUAGAACAGACACAAGUGCAAAAUGAUGAUUUUAUUUCCAGCAUGAGGAACUGUGCAGACGUACCCCAUACAGAAGUUGUGUCAUCAUCCAGAGCUUUAUGUGGUCAUGAAACUUCUGUCAGUGAUUUACAAAAUAGUUCCUCUAAUCCUGCACAUGAAGAGCAUCACUGUGAAUCUGAUUCCGAAUCAGUAAAUUCUUUAACAGAUGAUCCAACAACUGAUAGCUCCACAGUAAGCCGGAUAGGUUUAUUCAGAGCGUUAAUUUGUGCAUUUGGGCUUGAAUAUUUCUUACUGGGAAUUUUAAAAUUCCUUGCAGACUCGUGUGGGUUUGCUGGGCCAAUUCUGUUGAACUAUUUAGUCAGUUUUAUUGAAAAUGCAUCUGCUCAGUCUAAACCAUAUGAAGGUUACUUGUACGCUGGAGGACUUUUCUUAUCCACACUGCUGUCCGCCAUAUUUUCCACUCAGUUCGACUACAACGUCCAGGUAGUGGCAUAUAAAAUAAGGUGUGCUGUUAUUACAACUAUUUACAAGAAGUCUUUAAGUGUUAACAGUGUUUCACAAUCAAGGUUCACCUCCGGGGAAAUCGUGAAUUUCAUGAGUACGGACACAGACAGGAUACUGAAUUUCUGUCCAAGUUUUCAUGCAUUUUGGAGCCUGCCAUUUCAGGUCGGUGUGUCACUGUUUCUGCUGUACCAACAACUGGGGCUGGCCUUCUUAACCGGUGUUGCCUUUGCCGUCCUCCUGAUCCCCAUCAACAGGUGGAUUGCUGGGAAGAUCGGGCAGCUCAGCACUAAGAUGAUGAAGCACAAAGAUGAACGAGUCAAGUUGACGAAUGAAUUACUGAGUGGCAUCCGCGUGGUGAAGUUCUACGCUUGGGAGCAACAUUUCACCGCAAGAAUCAACAGCAUAAGGGAGAAAGAGCUGCUGUAUCUGAGGGGCCGCAAGUACCUGGAUGCCAUGUGUGUGUACUUUUGGGCCACCACACCUGUGAUGAUAUCCAUCCUCACGUUCAGUACAUAUGUGGUUAUGGGAAAGACACUCACUGCAGCUAAGGUGUUUACUAGCUUGUCACUGUUCCUCAUGUUGAUCUCUCCAUUGAAUGCCUUCCCCUGGGUGAUCAAUGGCCUGGUAGAAGCCUGGGUGUCCCUCAAACGGGUUCACAAGUUUGUUUGUCUGGAGGACACAGACCCUGACCACUACUACACUUCUGUUGCAGGUAACUGCAGUCCUGUGGUUUGGCUAAAAAAUGCUAGUUUCACCUGGACAAACUCUCACUGUGAAGAUUCUGAUUCCAUUACUAGUGUUGUGGAAGAUUCCAGAAAUGAGGGAGAGAACUCAUCCCCUACACCUGCUGCUGCCACACGUGCUCAGACUCAAGACCUCCAUGAUAUUUCACUCAGAAUUGAGAAGGGACAGUUUGUUGGCAUUGUGGGCAGGGUGGGGUCUGGGAAGAGCUCCCUGCUGAAUGCCUUAGUUGGAGAGAUGAACAAAACACAGGGAGAGGUCUUUGUGGACGGCCUGGAGGAGGGGUUUGCCUUGGUCGCCCAGGAGCCUUGGGUGCAGCAAGCCACUGUGAGAGACAACAUCCUGUUUGGGCAGCCUUUCAAUAGCCAGAGGUAUGAGCAGGUGCUGAAAGCCUGUGCUUUGGUGGAGGAUCUGAAGAUGAUGCCAUCUGGCGACAUGACAGAGAUUGGAGAGAAUGGAAUCACUUUAAGUGGUGGCCAGAGGUCAAGGGUCGCUUUGGCCAGAGCUGUUUAUCAGGACAAAUCGUUAUAUCUUCUUGAUGAUCCCCUGUCUGCCAUGGACAUUCAUGUGGCCAAGCAUAUUUACACCCACUGCAUCAUGGGAUUACUGCGAUCAAAAACCAGGGUACUUUGCACGCACCAUGUGAAGUUUCUAAAAAAGGCUGACCUGGUGGUAGUUAUGGAGGAUGGGAGAAUAACGCAAUCAGGGCUGCCCCGUGAUGUCCUUCCCAACAUACAUCUUGAAGAUGAUCAUCAUGAGGAGCGGAAUGCAAAGGACAGUGAAGAAUGUGAUGCAACAGAAGAGGCAGAAGACAAGUUAAUACAGGAAGAGGAACGACAGACUGGAUCAGUGAAAGCUGAUGUCUAUAAGAAUUAUUGGAAGAAUGUGGGUGUAUGCCUGUCUCCCAUGGUUCUGAUGACAAUGUUCUUUAUGCAAGCAUCAAGAAACACAAGUGAUUGGUGGCUGUCCUACUGGGUGUCCCAUAGCAACAGUGGAUCUCAGAAUGGAAGUGCAGAUGUGAAUUCAUUUCUCAGUUCUGGGCAGAGAGAUUCUUUACCACUCGCACAUUUAACCCCAGCAGAAGAUAACCUCCGGUUUUACCUUGGGAUCUAUGGCAGCCUUGCAGGGGUCAAUUCCAUCUUCACGCUGGCUCGUUCAUUCUUAUUUGCUUAUGGUGGGAUCUGUGCUGCAACAGUUGUGCACAAACGGCUGCUGUCGGCUGUUUUAAAGGCACCUCUUAGUUUUUUCGAAACGACCCCUCUUGGGCGAAUCGUCAACCGAUUUUCAUCAGACCUGUAUGCGGUUGAUGAUUCCCUCCCUUUCACACUGAACAUACUGCUGGCCCAAGCCUACGGUAUGCUGGGAACACUGGUUAUCACAUGUUAUGGUCUCCCUUGGUUUGCCAUCUGUUUGAUUCCAAUGGGAGCAGUCUACUUCAAGAUACAGCACUACUACAGACGGACAUCGAGAGAGCUCAAACGUUUGUCCAGCAUCAGCUUGUCCCCGAUCUACGCUCAUUUCUCAGGAAACAAUUGCAGGAGUGGCAACCAUCAGGGCCAUGAGGCACUCAGAGAGGUACUCUUCCGAGUCCAGUUUUGUGAGGAGAACAUGCAACGCCUGGACAUUAACCAGAGAUGCCAGUAUGCCACUCAGUUGUCUGCCCGCUGGAUUGACUUCCGGUUGAGGAUGCUGGGUGUUGCCAUGGUGACCAGCUUGUCACUCAUUGCUGUGGUGCAGCACCACGUCAGCUCUGUCAGCGCAGGGUUAGUGGGCCUCGCCAUCUCGUACUCGCUGUCAGUGACAAGCCUCCUGGGAGGUGUGGUCAUGUUCUUCACGGAGACUGAGAAGGAAUUUGUCAGCAUGGAGAGAUGCCAGUUCUACAUCGACCAUACGCCCUCGGAGAAAUGGGAUGGGGCUCUGUUUGCUCCAGUAGCAUGGCCUGCGGAAGGAGUGGUUGAAUUUGAUGGUGUCUCUCUCCAUUACCGUGACGUGCAAUCUCCAGCACUAAAUGAUGUCAGCUUCAAAACACAACCUGGUGAAAAGAUUGGCAUUGUGGGACGAACAGGGGCAGGCAAAUCUAGUCUGUUUUUGGCACUCUUCAGAAUGGUGGAGGUAUCCAGUGGCCGGAUUAUUGUGGAUGAUGUCAACAUUAGACUUCUGGAUCUUUCUGACAUCAGAUCACGAUUUGUUGCAAUCCCGCAAGACCCCUUUUUAUUCAGCGGGUCAGUUCGAAUGAAUCUUGACCCCACAGGUGGCCACACAGAUUCAGAACUGUGGUCAGCACUGGAUCGCUGUCACCUGCGGUCUUCCAUAGAAAGAAUGGGAGGUCUGGAGGCCCUGUUGACCCAGAGGGGGAAGGAGUUCUCUGUCGGCCAGAGGCAACUGCUGUGUCUGGCCAGAGCAAUGCUGACUAAUGCAAAGAUUAUUUGCAUCGAUGAAGCAACUGCAAGCGUCGAUUUAGAAACGGAUGCCCUAAUCCAGAAGACAAUUCGACAAGAGUUCAAGGACAGCACCGUUCUUACGAUCGCUCACCGUAUCAAUACAGUGUUGGACAGUCAGCGUGUCCUAGUUAUGAAGGACGGGAUGGUGGCAGAGUUUGCCUCCCCUCAUGACUUACUGAAUGACCCCAGUUCUAUGUUUUAUAGUUUUGUCUAUGGCAGUAGGUAA